CACGCCAGAGCUCCUCGAACACAUCGAUAUCACCCAGGGUUGGCACGUUGGCUCCAGGGGCACCAGGGUCGGGCCCAGGGGCGACCCUCUCUUCCGUGAUCUUCUUCCAUCUCAAGGCUGUCUCUACAACCAACAACAGCAUCCCCUCCUUUCUCCACAAACAUCUCCUGUUACCUGUUUCCCGCCGCCGCUCUUGUGCAACAGAGAGCACGACAUCCGCCUGAGUCGGCGGUCUACUGAAAGUCCCGGCUCCGCGUCACGGUGCCCGCCCAUCCUACCUUGUCGGUUGCCGGCGCAACGUCUUCCGCUCAUCAUCGACGCCGAACCCCUCGGUAGUACGGUACCGUUGCCGUGUCUUCCCACUGCAGUAGCCAUCAUGUUUGGGAACUUUGCCCACUUGAUUCCCUUGGCCACAGCGCCUCAAGGGCCGCCCAAGGACGUCCCUCCACCUACGCCCGUCAACUUUCCGCGCUUCUAUCCCCAAGUUCAAGAUGACCAACAAACAGCACCGGGAGCCGCAGACGAAACACCAAAGUCGGUUGUCACCUUGUUGCAGGGCAUAGUCCGCCCAGCCCAGCUAGCCGUUGCCCAUUUUGAGGCUCUCGGAGUCCAUGUAGUGCCAAACUCUACGGCGGCGGACCUCAUUCCUGAUCCGUCUUAUAUCCCGAAUUUCGCUGCUUGGGAUGAGCUCUCAUCCGAUGCAGCUCACGAGGUAAACGAGAGCACCAGGGUCCCACUGAUUUCGGGAAACCGCUCUCCCGGCUGCAAUACUUACCUGGAGCGUAAGCGUGAGCUGUUGUUUCCUAAUGAGACCGGCUACCGGACUGUUCGCCGCAUCCAACCUCCAAAGGGCCAGAGCCAUGCCCGGCUGGGAAACUGCUACGAGUUCUUCCGUCAGCUCGACACACUAUCCAACUAUUGGGAUGACACCUCGGUAACAGAACAGUCAGCUCCGGAAGGCGAAGAAGAAGACAAGGACGCUCUGGCCUCCAAGCCUCGACGGACCGGCGCCGGCAAUCAGAUGCCCCCUGACUUCCGCCAGCAGAUGGUGCAAACCUUCUUGAAGCUUGUCGCGUACGACUUUGGCUGUAACACUGCGCCGGCUCGUGCUGAACCGAGGCUGCACAUCACGUCUCGCAAUUGUGGUUCUGCCCGUAGCUCCUACUUCUCUUCCGGUUGCACUUUCAUGUACAAGACCCCGACCACUAGGGAAGAAGCCCGCGCCGGUAUUGUUGAAGGACCUGUGGCGGCCGUAAGUGCUAGGCAUUCCACUGGCUUCCUACCCCCACCCGAGGACCCGAACGAGUCUUCCACCGAUCCGGACGCCGUCUUUGAUUUGGGCCGCGAGUUGGUUGCCGCGCUAGUAACGGCCCAGCAUCGAGCCCGCGAGGGUCGCACCGAGAAGCGCAUCGGCGAAGGUGCCUGGUGGUGCACCAAGCCUCGAUGGGGCGGUGGCCCCGGUGGCCCCAUUGGUCGUGAGAUUGAACAGCAAACCAGUGGCGACGACACACUCGUUGGAGACAAGGACGCGCCCCCUCCGGCUGCUGCUCCUGCCGAGAAGCCCACAAAGGUGACCAUCUCUUCCCGACUUGCCUCCCGCGCUUCCCCGUUUGGCCCCUUGCCCAGCACACGUCUCCCAGAAAGAGAGAAGGAGUCUAGCACGGGACCGGCCAAGGGCGUCAAGCGCCUGAAGAAGUCGGGUAAUAUGGCCAUGUACGACAACUACCGCAUGGUUCGCCCUCCGGCCCUGACUUGGGACAAGAAGGCCAAGUACGCCGCCAUUGGCAGAGCUGCAGGCGCAGAGUACGAUGACAUCUUUGUGGUCAGUGCCUUGUAUCACCACAUCAGCAUUGUAAGAGUGCGGGUGCCCGAUCAGCUAAUGGCGGUUUUGGAGGGCCGCGCCGAGCACGAGUUUGAGAACGGGAAGCGCAGCUGGGGAAGGCUGGAAGUGAGGAGGAGCAAGUGGUUUGACCUCUUCAAGCCUGAGGACAGAGUGGAGGCCAUGAAGCUCGUCUGGUGCAUGAUGAAUUGGUUGAUGAGGGCCGUGCCUAAGGAUGAGGAUGGAAAGGACGAGACUGAUCAGGACCAAGAGGAAAAGAAGGACACGAAGAGUGAAAAUGCGGGAAAUCCUGCUGCAGCGACACCAGCAGGCAGCCAGAAUGCUAUUGAGCAAGUUAAAGACGAGGCCAAGCAGGAAGCGAAGGACGAGGUCAAAGAGGAGAAUGCUGAUGUGAAGAUGGAAAAUGCAUAGACUGAGAAAAUUGGCGUGCGUACGUACGUACCGACUACUGUAUUUCCCUUUCUUCGUUGUGUCUUCUUCCCAUUCGGCUUCUUGGAUUCGGCCUGCUUUGUUAUCAACGAGGGAAUCCAACAUUUAUUGUACAGUAUAUCGAAAUUGCUAAUGAGUUUUCCCAAGAGCAUUCUUUGUGCUGAGCG